GUUUAGAGAGGACAUGGAAUACUCCAAAUGCCCUACUUCGGCAUUUUUACUUCUCGUGAUUUUCUUUGUCAUUCCUUUUAUCUUCUUUUAUCCUUUGAAGGAGCCAAACCAUCUUACCCACUUCACUCCUCCUUUCAUCCUUUCCACUGUUGAAGACAACCGCACAAACAUAACCUCACCCAAACCACCACCGUUGCACCCACUUGAGCUUCUCUCCACUGUCACCCCUGCAAAUGAAACCUACAACAACACUGUUCAAAGCACUGUCAUUAAGGAAUGGACAAGUUUGGAGAAAGUGGAAGAAGGAUUGGCAAAAGCACGGGCCUCAAUUCAGGAAGCAAUAUUGUCAAGGAAUUAUAGUUCAGCAAAGAGGGACACUUUUGUGCCCAAAGGAUCCAUUUACUGGAAUCCACGUGCUUUUUACCAGAGCCACAUGGAGAUGGUGAGGAGAUUGAAGGUGUGGGUUUACGAGGAAGGAGAGCAACCAUUAGUGCAUGAUGGCCCAGUAAACGACAUAUACGCCAUUGAAGGUCAAUUUAUGGACGAAAUGGACAAUGAUAAAUGGAGUCACUUCAGGGCAAGACAUCCUGAUGAGGCACACGUUUUUCUACUUCCAUUUAGCAUUGCCAACGUUGUUCACUACGUUUACAAGCCUAUCCUAAAGCAAUCUGACUAUGAACCUGUUCGCCUUCAGCGGUUAGUGGAAGAUUACAUUGGUGUUAUUGCAGAUAAGUAUCCUUAUUGGAAUAGAAGCAAAGGUGCAGACCAUCUUUUGCUUUCAUGUCAUGAUUGGGGUCCAAAAGUUUCAUAUGGCAAUCCUGAAUUAUUUCAGAGUUUUAUUAGGGCACUUUGCAAUGCGAACAUUUCAGAAGGAUUUCAACCUAACAGAGAUGUAUCCAUUCCUGAAACGUACUUGCCAAAAGGAAAGUUGGGUCCACCCAGCCUAGGCCAACACCCAAACAAUCGCACUAUUUUGGCUUUUUUUGCCGGUGGAGUCCACGGUGAAAUUCGAAAAUUAUUGGUAAAACAUUGGAAGGGUAAAGAUAAUGAAGUUCAAGUUCAUGAGUAUCUCCCAAAUGGGCAAAAUUACACAAAAUUAAUGGGACAAAGCAAGUUCUGUUUGUGCCCUAGUGGGCAUGAAGUUGCAAGUCCUAGAGUGGUGGAAGCAAUUCAUGCAGGUUGUGUGCCCGUGAUAAUCUGUGAUAAUUACUCUUUGCCAUUUAGUGAUGUGCUAAAUUGGAAUCAAUUCUCAAUAGAGAUUUCGACGGAGAAAAUUCCAGAAAUCAAGGCUAUAUUACAAACUGUUUCGAAGAAUAAGUAUUUGAGAUUACACAUGAAUGUGCUGAGAGUUCGUCGGCAUUUUAUGAUUAAUCGACCAUCAAAAUCAUUUGAUAUGAUGCAUAUGAUACUUCACUCAAUCUGGCUCAGAAGGCUAAACUUCAAAUUGCUUGCUUCUGACUAA